GAAAACCGGGACAUUUUCAGUGUUGGACUACGUUUCCCACAGGCCCCAGGGACACGAAUGAACUUCGACUUUUGGUUCCCCUUCCGGUAUCGUCGUGGUUAUUGGAGUAUGCCUGUUCUGCAAGAGAAGCCCCCUGAAGUGGAGGAGAGCGCUGCCACUUAAAAGCCGGUUCAAGUUUUGACAGAGGAACAUGUCAGCAGAGUUCCUCACACUGUCAUGGCAGAAAUGGAAUUCCCGGACCAAUUCUUCACAGUUCUAAGCAUGGACCAUGAGCUGGUGACAUUCAGGGAUGUGGUCAUCACCUUCUCUCCAGAGGAAUGGGAAUAUCUGGAUUCAGCUCAGAGGAACUUGUAUUGGGAUGUGAUGAUGGAGAACUAUAGCAACUUGGUCUCACUGGAUUUGGAGUCUAACUAUGACCCAAAGUGUUCGUCUACUAGAAAGGACAUCACUGAAAACAAUGGGUCUCAGUGCAAAGUAACAGAAAGUAAAUUCAUUGGUCUCGAGAGCUCCAUUUUCAGAAAUGACCAGCAAAGCAAAGACAAGUCUGAAGUACAAAGACCUGAAGUGGGAUAUUUCAGUCAAAUGAAAAUCAAUUCUGAAAAACUGCCCAAUUACAAACAUCAUAAGUCUCUUAUAUCACAUCACACAACUCAUGAUAGCCAAAACCCCCAUGCAUAUAAGAAAUAUGGGAAGGUCCUUAACUGUGACUUAAAUUUUGAUGAAUAUGAGAGAAUACAUACCGGUGAGAAAACAUAUCAUCAAUAUAAUGCAUAUUGGAAGACCUUUGGAGAUAACCCACAUACCCUACAACUGAAAAUACAUAGUGGUGUGAAACCUUGUAAAUAUAUGGAAUCUGAGAAUGCAUUUAGUUUUUAUGAAGACCUUAGUAUACAGAAAAUGCAUGAUGACCAGAAGUGCUAUAAAUGUAAGAAAUAUGAAAGGACCAUUAGAAGAGUUGAAGAAAUACCUCCACUACAAGUAAUUCAUGAUGCUGAGAAACCCUAUGAAUGCACUUUCUGUGGUAAAUCCUUUAGGGUGCAUACGCAACUUACUCGACACCAGAAAAUCCAUACUGAUGAGAAACCUUACAAAUGUAUGGAAUGUGGCAAGGACUUUAGGUUCCAUUCACAGCUCACUGAACAUCAGAGAAUUCAUACUGGUGAGAAACCAUACAAAUGUAUACAAUGUGAGAAAGUCUUUAGAAUUAGUUCACAGCUUAUUGAACAUCAGAGAAUUCAUACAGGUGAGAAGCCUUAUGCAUGUAAAGAAUGUGGGAAGACCUUUGGAGUCUGUAGAGAACUUGCUCGACAUCAGAGAAUUCAUACUGGAAAGAAACCCUAUGAAUGCAAGGCAUGUGGAAAGGUCUUUAGAAACAGUUCAUCGCUGACUAGACAUCAGAGAAUUCAUACUGGUGAGAAACCCUAUAAAUGCAAGGAAUGUGGGAAAGCUUUUGGAGUAGGCAGUGAACUUACUCGACAUCAGAGAAUUCACAGUGGUCAGAAACCUUAUGAAUGUAAAGAGUGUGGAAAGUUCUUUAGACUUACUUCAGCACUUAUUCAACAUCAGAGGAUUCACAGUGGUGAAAAACCUUACGAAUGUAAGGUGUGUGGGAAGGCUUUCAGACAUAGUUCAGCCCUUACUGAGCAUCAGAGAAUUCAUACUGGAGAGAAACCUUAUGAAUGCAAGGCCUGUGGGAAGGCCUUUAGACACAGUUCCUCCUUUACAAAACAUCAGAGAAUUCAUACUGGUAAGAAACCCUAUGAAUGCAGUGAAUGUGGAAAAACCUUUAGCCUGAAGCAAAACCUCAUAGAGCAUAAGAAAAUGCAUACUGGAGAAAAAUCACAUGAAUGUACUGAAUGUGGUAAAGUAUUCUCUCGAAUGCCAGGUCUCAUUAAACAUCAGAGAAAUAAUACUGGAAACAAACCCUAUGCAUGUAAGGAAUGUGGAAAAGCCUUCAGUGGCAAAUCAUAUCUCACUGAGCAUGAGAAAAUUCAUACGGGAGAGAAACCAUUUGAAUGUAAUCAAUGUGGAAGAGCCUUCAGCCAGAAGCAAUACCUCAUUAAACAUCAGAAUAUCCACAGUGGAAAGAAACCCUUUAAAUGUAACGAAUGUGGAAAAGCCUUUAGCCAGAAGGAAAACCUCAUCAUCCAUCAAAGAAUACAUACUGGAGAGAAACCAUAUGAAUGCAAAGGGUGUGGGAAAGCUUUCAUUCAGAAGUCUAGCCUCAUUAGACACCAGAGAAGUCAUACAGGAGAGAAACCCUAUAUAUGUAAAGAAUGUGGGAAAGCCUUCAGUGGCAAAUCAAAUCUCACUGAGCAUGAGAAAAUUCAUAUUGGAGAGAAACCCUAUAAAUGUAAUGAAUGUGGAACAAUCUUUAGGCAGAAGCAAUACCUCAUUAAACAUCACAAUAUUCAUACAGGAGAAAAACCUUAUGAAUGUAAUAAAUGUGGAAAAGCCUUCUCUCGAAUCACAUCACUCAUUGUACAUGUGAGAAUUCAUACAGGUGAUAAACCUUAUGAAUGUAAAAUAUGUGGGAAAGCCUUCUGUCAAAGCUCAUCUCUUACUGUUCAUAUGAGAAGCCAUACAGGUGAGAAGCCCUAUGGUUGCAAUGAAUGUGGGAAAGCCUUCUCUCAGUUCUCAACUCUUGCUCUGCAUAUGAGAAUCCAUACUGGAGAAAAACCUUAUCAGUGUAGUGAAUGUGGGAAAGCUUUUAGCCAGAAGUCACAUCAUAUUAGACACCAGAGAAUUCAUACUCACUAAAAGCUCUAUGAAUGCCUUGAAUUUAGGAAAACUUUCAUCAGAACUCACACUUUAAUGGAAUACUGAAAAUUCGUUUUACAGUAAAGCGACAUGAAUGUGGAAAAUACUUCAACAACUCAAAAUUUAAAUACUAACAAUUUUAAUAAGUAUCGUAGUAUCAUGAAAACCUCUAUUCCCAGAACUCCCACAACAGACACUGUUAAUGAUGUACUUUUAGGAGCAAUCUCAUUAAGUAAGGAUCCAGUCAUGAGCACUAAGCAACAUGGUUCUGGAAGGCCUCCCUGAUGCAUUAAGAGGUAUAAAGAUUUGACAUUGAGAGACAAAAUUGUCAUUUUAAAAGUGUUUCACUACAUAUGUAAUCAGAAUUAUUUGUUCUUGAUUCAUUUGUAGAAAUCAGAGAUUGGGACAGAAUAUUGUAUUCAGAAACAUGCAUGCGUUUAUAAGGAAUUGUUCAUUGAUAGAGGUGGUUUCAAGGUUGGUCGGGAAAUGAAAUCAUGGAUGAUUCAAAAAAUGGUCUCAGGGUAACUGACUCUUCAUGUGGAAAAAUAAUAGAUCUCUGCUGUAGUAAUACAUUAAAGUAUUUAUUAUGAAAUCCCAAAGUAUUGAAGACUAAAAUGCAAAAAGCAAAACUUCAUAAUAUAAGAAUUUUAUAGGAGAAUGUUUUAAAACCUUUGUGGAGUAGGAGGGAAUUUCUAAAAUAGAUUCCAGGAUACUCUCAAGUAUACAUGCAUAUCCCCAAGAAACCAAUACAUGUGUCUAGGGAGUCAUGUAUCUUUAUGUUGAAGCAUGAAUUACAUUAGCAGAAAAACUGGAAACAAAUGUCUGUUGCUUGUGAAAUGGAUAAAUAAAAUGUGUUAUAGGCACAUAGUAGAAUAUUCUCUAGUAGUUAAGUAUAACAGGUGAUAUAUAUUUAAAUAUAUUAACAGAGAAAGACCUGAAAAGUCAUGUAGAGUAAAAACAACGAAGGGAUAAAUAUAAUCAUAACUGUGAAUUUGAAUUAAAUCAACACUAGCAAACACUAGUAUUAAGCAUUGAUUAUGGAUAAAUGUUUUUAUAUAAAACUGAAGAAUAGAUUGGAAAGAUACACACUCAAAUUCCCAAAGGUGGCUGCCUCUAGAAAGAAUGGUAGUGGAAAAGAAAUGGGACCAACCAUGGUAGUUAGAUACUUCAGUUUUGUAUCUAAACGCCUAUCAUAGGGGCGCCUGUGUGGCUCAGUUGGUUAAAUAUCUAUCAUUAAAAAGAUUCUAAGUAAAUAUAACAAAAUGUUAGUUACCUCUGGGUUGUGGUAAUAUAUGUGUUCUUUUCUUUGUGAUAUUUCUGAAAAUUAAAAAACAGAGGUAGGAAAGCUGUACAUGGAGUAUAUGUAAUAAUAGACUCCCAAUCCCAGAUAGAUAUUAAUAUUUUAUAGGAAAUAUUUCUAAAUCAUAUCUUUACUGUAAGUUAUUUCUUAAAAUUGGGAUGGUAGCUUA